AUGCUAACUAACUGUAAAAUAAACAACUUCAAAAUAAACGCCCAGAUAGGAUCUGGUGCGUUUGGAUUGGUGUUUCACACUUUUGACACCAUAACACACCGUGAAUAUGCUAUAAAGGCUGUGAUGAAAAAAUCUCAGCAAUCCAAUAACAGUGAUAACGUGGAUCCUUCCAUCAAGAAGAGUACGAUACUGGAAACUCAACUAUAUCACUUCUUUAAGACAUACCAAGAUACACUAUAUCUACCUUCUGUGGACUUGGAUUCUAUUAGCAAUCUAACGGAUAAACAACUGGAGAGUAUCCCACAUUAUAGGGAGAUCGCUCUUCAUUUGAAAGUUCAUUACCACUCAAAUAUCGUUACUAUUCAUCAAGUUUUAGAAUCACCAAUCGCCACUUUCAUCGUCAUGGACUAUUACCCAAUCGAUUUAUUCACCUCCAUCGUGGAUUGCAAACAUUUCACUGAAGAUGGGUUGCUUAUCAAAAAGGUAUUCCUACAACUUUGUUCUGCCUUGAACUAUUGUCAUGAACGAGGCAUAUACCAUUGUGAUAUUAAACCAGAAAAUAUCCUCCUAGAUAUGUUCGAUAAUAUAUAUCUAUGUGAUUUUGGUUUGGCUACCACUUCUCCAUAUUUGGCCCCAAAUACAUGCGUAGGCAGCUCAUAUUAUAUGGCUCCAGAGAGAGUCUUAUGUAAGGACUAUGAUAAUGAAUCUAAAUUCCCUACAACCACCGGUGAUAUAUGGUCCCUAGGUAUCAUCUUGAUUAACUUAACAUGUGUUAGAAACCCAUGGUUGAAAGCUCAUCAAGUGGAAGAUAAUACAUUCCGUCAUUUUGUGGAGGACUCCACUGUAUUACAAAAACUUCUACCAAUUUCAAACGACUUAUAUUUUCUAUUGAGUAGAAUUUUGAGAAUGAACCCCUUUGAAAGGAUAAACUUGAACGAUUUGAUGAAGGAAGUGGAAGAUAUUAUUUCCUUCACAUUGGAAGGUUCAUUAGCAAACGUGCCUAGAAUUUCAAAUAAUAACAUCACUGAUAAGAUGAUCAAUCCACUAUCCUUAAAAGCUUUAUUAAAUAAUUAUAAUGACGAACUCUCUGAAGAAGAUUCAAACGACCAAUACACAAGAAGUUCCAUAAGAUCCUUUAGCUCAUCUCCGGAAGAUACACCAUAUCAUUCAGGUGCCGAUGAUUCGAUACCGUCAUCCCAAUCCAAAUCAUUGUAUCUUCAACCAAAUCUAUCUAGCACAACAGCAUACUCCACAGGUGGAUGGCUGCCUGCCUAUUAA